AUGCGUUGGUAAAUUACAUGGGCGCUAUCAUGAACUACAUGCAUGUCUAUACAUAGCAUUUCCUUUAAUCAUUGUCAUUAAAUCGUUUAAUAAAUAAUGCCGACUACAUGCAAUCAGAUAAACAUUGGGCGUAGGCGACCAAGUCAAGCCCCAAUUCAUGUUAUGCAUGCAUAAACAUGGACACAUGCAGUAAAUUACCAUGACGGAUAUCUACUUAUUAUUAUGAACAUCAUUAAGAAAAAACGUACUCCGAAUAAUAAUAUUAUACCAUCUUGCAAACUCAAGAUAAUUAUGAGUUAUUUAACGAAAACAAGAUACAAAUGCUGGUGGUGGAUAUUUCGACUCCAUUUGGAUUCAAAAUCUACUAUUACUAUUAUUAAAGUUGAAAUAACAUGAACAGGUCACUUGUCAAGCUAUUCGUGUGAGUAAAUUUCUAAUUGGUCUUUCCGCAUCUGAUAAAUUAGCGCGAUAAUUGGUAUGACAAUCUGACAGGAAUAUCGGUCGCAAAAUUAUAUUUUGAAAGUGUAAUUUAAAAAAAUAUAAUGUCUUAAAUACGUCCUAAUGAAUUAUUUUCUUAUUAAUAAUUAAAUUUCUUAUUAUUUUCUUUCAUGCGUUUCUGAUUUGUUUUAUUUUACAAUGUUUCGUUUGACAUUCUGCUUGCUUGCGUGCAUGUAUGUAUGCGUUGUAGAAUGUAUUUGGCACAUAGUGCAGUCUGCAGGAAAUUCAUUAUUGUUGGUAGCCAUCUGAUCUGGUAUUCUGCUUUAUGUCAUUCGUCAUCAUACCUUGCCUUUGCCGUCGGGCAUUAUACAUUUAAUUAAAGCGUCAUACUGAACGAAGGAGUUUUUCAAAUGACCUAUCGCUGUCAAUGCAAGAUCACUCUCUCAGAUUAAAUACUUUGAGUUAUAUUUUUUGAUAAAAUACAGGACAUAUUGAACAUUGUUAUUGACAAUAACUUGUGUUGUACAAUUUGGUAAGUGCAAAUCACUACAUUUUAAUAUUAACAUGCAUACACUUUGCGUUAUAAUUUUAUUUCCUUUCAUGGUUUAAUUCAUAUACGUUUGGUUCAUUGCUUUUAGCCAAGACGUUCUAGAGGAACCACGAUUGUGUCGCGAAGGACAUGCUUUUUGCAAAAGUUGCAUCGAAACCUACUUGGUUGAGCAUCACAACAGGUGUUGUCCCAACGAUCGGAGUCCACUGUUGCCUGUAGAUCUAAGGCGAAUCUUGAAUCUUCAAGGAUAUUUGGAGAAUCAAGAAGUUAGGUGCCCGGAGAGGAAUGACGAAAACGAAGAUACAUGCUCUUGGGAAGGACAGCUUUCAGCAGUAAGACAGCAUCAACAAGAGUGCUUCUAUGUUGUAGUUGGCUGUCGCUACACUGGCUGUGGGCACCGAUGCCAAAGACAACUCAUAGCAGCUCACGAAACCGAUUGUGACUAUGCAGAUGCAAUAUGUCAUCAAUGUGGACAGCAAGGGCUUCGGAGAAUGGAUGUGGAUGGGCACAUUUCUUUCUCCUGUGCUAUAACAAAUAUCGAUUGUCCACUAUCGUGCCAUUCUAGUGUAGAAAG